UAGGACCCCUGAGAGAAGUGAAUGGCGGUGUUUCCCUGAGGCAGGGGUCCAGGGAAGAAUCCCGCUCCCCGAGCCCUGGGGCGGCGGCGCGCUGACAUGGCCUGUUGUCGCAACGUGAUGCUGCUGGACACCGCGGGCGGCGCCGCUGGCCAGAGCCAGGUCCGGCGGGUCGCCCUGCGCCUCCUCAUCUACCUGAGUUGCCGAUUCGGGCUGGCCAGGGUCCGCUGGGCUUUCCGGUUCUUUGACUCUCAGGGGGCGCGGAGCCGGCCCUCCCGCUUUUCUGACUUCCGCGAGCUCGGGGCCCGCUCCUGGGAGGACUUUGAGGAGGAGCUGGAGGCCAGGCUCGGGGAUGGCGCCCCCGGCGCCCACCUGCCCGGCCCAGCGCCCAGGGCCACCCACACGCACAGCGCCCUCCUGGAGACGCUGCUAGAUUACCAGUGGGACCGACCAGAGAUCACGUCGCCCACCAAGCCAAUCCUGCGUAGCAGCGGGAGGAGGCUGGUGGACGUGGAGAGCGAGGCCAAGGAGGCCGAGACGGCGCUUGGGGGCUUUGGAAACGCCGUCUUCCUGCUGGCCCCCUGUCCGCAUUCGCAGAGGGAGCUGCUGCAGUUCGUGUCCGCCUGUGAGGCCCAGGCCCAACGCCUGCCGCCCACUCCUAAGCAGGUGAUGGAGAAGGUGUUGCCCAAGAGGGUCGAGGAAGUCUUGAUCGCCCGAAAAAUCACCCUGUACUGGGUGGAUACCACCGAGAGGGCUAAGGUGUGGGACUCCCCAGACCACCGUGGGUAUUGGACAGUACGUGAACUGCUCCACCGUGUAGGAGGCACUAUCUUGCCAGCUGAAAUUUUCAGCCAGCAUCGGACCAAAGCUGGGGGAACACCGCUGAGCAGUGACACAAAGGUGUCAGGUGAACCUCACCUCUCUUCGUGGAUUUCCACUCUUCCAGCCGAUUCCACUCUAAACUGUUUGCUCUAUAAUUCUCCUGAGUAUGAAGCCUCAUUUCCACGGAUGGAAGGAACGUUAUUUCUCCCUGUGGAAGGCAAAGAGAUUCAAGAAACGUGGGCCGUCACCCUAGUGCCCUUGACCAUGCAUCAGAGACAUUUUCAGAAACCAGUCAGAAUUUUUCUGAAAGGCACGGCCACCCAGUGGUCUCUCCCAAUGAGCGGCACUGUGGGCACUGAUAGCUGGAUGCUCCAGAGUCCAGACGAGGAUAAAUCAACUCAGAGGACAUUAUUUGAGCAGCUGCUAAACAGGCUGAUUGCUGAAGAGUUACAUCUGGUUGCCAGUGUGGACCCUGGUGAAGGCUGGCCCCCUGUCACUGGAGUUAUUUCCCCCCUUUCUACCAACAAUACAGUUCUCACUGUGUUCUGCAGCGAGGAGGCUGAAUUUCCAAGACACUUUCUCCACACAGCUGUGGCGGAGGACCCCCCGGGUGCAGCUUGCCUUUUUUCUGAUGUUUUGGAUGUUGUGUUGAAUCAGACUCACGAUUUACUGGAAGAUCCUGCUGCCUCAGCCCCUCCGGUUCCAGAGUGGGCCCAGCGGGAGCUCGGCCGCGAGUCCCCCGGAAGUGCUGCUGUGGAACAGUGGUUUCCGCGCUCGAACCUCAGUGGUGCCAGUUCCGAACUGAUGGAGUCAUUUGGGUUACUACAGGCUGCCUCCUCUGGUAAGGAAGAGUCUUCCAAGACUGAGAGUGAAUUAACACGCUGCCUGUCGGAGCUCUACCUGAGAAAGUCUCGUGAAGAACCAGCUUUGUCUAACCAGGAAGACAGCAAAAAGAACAGAGGUGUCCCUCGGACUCCCAUGAGGCAGAAGAUGAACACCAUGUGCCGUUCUUUGAAGAUGCUGAAUGUCGCCAGGUUGAAUGUCAGGGCUCAGAAGUCACAUCCAGAUGGCAGUCCAGAUACCACCGGGGAGAAAGGGAUCCAAAACAGCUGUGGAAGAACAGCGGAUAAACGGGAAAAACAGAGGAGAGCACUAGGAAGUCGUAAUCCUAAAGAUUGUAAAACUGAAGAGGCACUGCUAUCUUAUAUACAUGAAAAUUACCAAAAGUCUGUGGCCACAGGAGAAACCGUGUUGUAUUCAAGUGCUCAGAACAUGAUCUCAACCAUUAAAGCAUUCCUGAAGUCCAAAGGCACCAAGGAGUUAGAGAUGAACUGCCUGAAUCAAGUGAGAAAUAACCUCUUAAAAACGAGCAAAAGUCUUAGACAGAAUGUAGGAGAAAAACUGGAUAAAGAAGACAAAGUCAGAGAGUGCCAGCUUCAGGUGUUUCUUCGUUUGGAGAUGUGUCUGCAGUGCCCUUCCAUGCAUGACAGCAUAGAUGAUACGGAGCGGGUAGUGGAAGAGGUGUCAGACUUGCUGCGCAUGGUGUGUUUAACUGAGGAUUCAGCGUACCUAGCAAAGUUUCUGGAAGAAAUUUUGGAAGGUACAAUCGACUCCAUCCCAAAGACGCUUGGAAACCUGUACCACAGCCUGGGGUUCGAGAUUCCUCAGAAGCUGGUUGGUGUCCUCCCUACAGAUUUUUUAAGUGACGACUCCAUGACACAGGAGAGCAAGUCACCACUUCUUUCUGAGCCUCGCAGAUCCGUGUCGGGUGCCACGGAGUCUGAGCAGCUGGAGGAGCUUCGUACCAGAUCAGCUACGAAGAGAAGGAAAAAUGCAUUAAUAAGACAUAAAAGCAUCACAGAGGUCUCGCAGAAUCUGCGACAAAUUGAAAUUCCCAAAGUGUCGAAGAGAGCUACCAAAAACGGGAGUUCUCGCCCUACACUUCAGCAGCCUCCAGCGCCAGUGAAAGAUACAGUGCAAGAAGUGACCAAAGUUCGAAGAAAUCUCUUUGAAGAAAUGUCUCCUUCCAAGAGAUCGGUAAAGCGGGGGUUGCCUAGAAGCCACUCGGUGUCAACUGUGGAAGGUCUGGAGUAUAAACUUGACAACUGCCAGAGGACCAAAGGUUAUCAUCACACAUUGCUGACUAAGAGUGUGGCUGAGACUCCAGUGCACAAGCAAAUCUCCAGAAGGCUGCUUCACAGACAGAUCAAGGGCAGGUCCUCUGACCCUGGUCUUUAUAUUGAUACUGUGGAAGAGACCCCAGAAAAAGGAGAAAUAGGUUUGAGAAGAAGUCCUCGAAUCAAGCAGUUGUUGUUCAGCAGGACAAAUUCUGGUUCCUUCUAUUCUGUGUCUCAGCAGAAGUCUCGAAGUGUGCAAAGAGUUCACUCAUUCCAGCAGGACAAGUCAGACCAAAGAGAACAUUCUCCCAUCCAGAGUAUUCAGUCUCCUAAGAGGCUUCUUUUCGGGGCGGUGUCUGAGGUGACCAGUCCCUCAGAGGAGGGUUCAGCUCGAAAUAAAAGGCCUUCAAGAAACACUGUGGAGUCUCAGAUGCCUACAGCUUAUCAGACUCCUAAGAAAUGUUACUGGAAAUCUCCCAGCUCUUCUAAAGCUACACCCAGAAGGUUCCCUCAUACACCCCGGACUCCAUCAUACACCCUUGAAAGGUCCCCGGCAGCAACUACACCCGCCAAACAGGUCCUUCUUGAGUCCCCAGAAGUGUCCUCCUCACAUGACUGGAAUUCACCCUCUCCACCCAAAGUCACUCCUGAGCAAGGAUGCUGUGUGCCAGUAGGUGUUGCCUCUGUGCUUGGAAAGAUACCCACAACUCCCAGAAGGCCACAUGGCCCAUCCCCCGGAUUUGUGCAGAAUUCUUCCCAGCCGUCUUUAGUGAAUUCCAGUCCAGAAAACACCUCUUGUCUGGCAGUCCCAAUGGCAUCAACUGCCCAGACCCACGGUGAGUGUGUGACUCCUGCCAGAUACUCUCUUAGAUCACCUUCGCGGGCGGCAGCCUUGGGGAAGCAAAGUGAAACUGCCCUCACGUGCCUACGUCCGAUUCAGACUCACCAACACCCCCACGUCGCCGGAGCUUCUCAGGCCAAGGAACUGGCACAGAAAUGGAAGGGUAAAGCUGUGAAAACCCCAAAGAAACCAGGAGACACAGCCGUGACUUCACCUGUUUCUUCAGAGGAACCUUUUACCUCUCCCUUAUGUGACAUUUCCAAGAGUCCCCUCAGGAACUCUUCGACAGAACCUCAUUCCACUGGAGAACUGGAUUGGGAAGAGUCCCAGAAAUCAUCCAGCGUGGCCCCACGUCUGUCCUGUCUUGCUCCUUCAAGUCCCCGCAAAAUCUCACAGACAGCUAAUUCUGACAUCAUCCCCCCUCCGCCGCCUCCUACAAUUGGGAGAAGGCACGGAAAGGCCUCCUAUCCUGAAAGCUGCUUCCUGGAGCGCCCGCGCCUCACCUCUGUUGCUCCUGGACUUGGUGUGAGUGACACACCAGAUGCUAGAAAAGGCCAGAGGGAAGUGAAUGCCUCUCCUCAGGCUCCUGCAAGUCACGGUGACCCUGGGCCCGGCUUCAGGAGUGAGUGGCACACGGCCUCUCCUUCGCCUGUUGCUGGGGACAUGGAAUGUCUCCCUCUCCUGGAGGAGGCUGAGCGCCACGGCAGUGACGACUUGCAUAGCCGCGUUCCUCCCAUGGGAGAAGGUGAGCGGUUAGGGGUGCUGGUUGCCUAUAAGCAGCCUUCUCCGUCUAACCCUGGGCUUCCCCAAUCUCCGCCUGCCUGUGGGCCCAGCACCCCGCCAACAGCUUCCUACGCCCUGCGCUGCACGGCGGACAGAAGGCAGCGCCAGGCUGCUGCACGGUUACGGAAUCUGGACGCUUCGAGUCAGCUCCCAGAAGCCCCUGGCAGCCCGCAGACCUACGAGGUAGAGCUGGAGAUGCAAGCGUCUGGCCUUCCCAAGCUUCGGAUUAAAAAGAGAGACACCAGCUCUGGGUCAGAGGCCAAGCCCCUCGGCAGGGAGGCCCUCCCUGGUCUCAGCGUGCCCAGAGGCAGCAAAGCUGAAACAGCCUACGUGUCACCCCCCUGCCUUCACCCCUUGCACAGCACCCCGGGCAAGAGCAGUGGACAAACCUACAUCUGCCAGUCCUGUACCCCCACCCGCUGCCCCUCGAGCACCCCCUGUCCUUUGCAGACUGACACUGGGCUUCCUUGGACCCCGUCUCCCAAGCACAGUGGGAAGACCACUCCUGACAGCAUUAGGGAUUGGCCCCGCAGGAAGAGGGCCGUGGCUUCCGCCGGGAGGGGCACCGUCAGCACAGAGCUUUCUAGCUGCGUGUCGCCACUCCCACUCGAGGCAACGGAGCGGGACCUCGAACUCGGUGGCAGCAAGACCCCCAUCUUGGGGGAUUUUGAGCUAGAGGGUGUGUGUCGGCUGCCAGACCAGUCGCCUCCCAGAGACACUGUGCCUGAGGCUGAGGAAGCCAUUUCCUCAGGACAGUUUGGGCUGGGCUCCAGGAAGAGACACGUCUCUGCCAAGGAGGAAGCCCAGUGCCAAGCCAAGAGAGUCUGUGACAAGCAGAGAGAAGACUCAGAGGUUUGUACGUGUGAGGAAAAUUCUCCAACUACAAAAAUGCAACAGCGCACCCCCUGCACGGGGGACGGCGGAGUGUUCAUCUCAGGCUCCCCCCCACCUUCUGGCUGUGCCGCGCGGGGCUGCCUGUCCGCCAGUGGUCUCCAGGCUCUGACCCAGUCCCCACUGCUGUUCCACGGGAAGACGCCCUCUUCUCAGGCCAGAGAUGCAAGCGUGGAUGUGUUUCCCCCAGCGGCAGAGGAGUCUCCUUUCAGCCGAACACUCUCCAGGAGACGUGCCAUCAGCAGGACGUACACACGGAAGAAGCUGAUUACCUAGUAAGGAUGGAACCGGCCAGGGGCCUUCUAACUGC